AGUGAUGCGGUCUGACUGGGGGAGGCACCACACUGGAGGGAGCGGAGGGCACUGCACCAUCAACAUGACCUGUCUCCUCAUCACAGGGAUGUUUCUCACUCUGUGUUUGGCUCCAACUGCUUUAUCGAGCCUGCAUCCAGAGUGUGAGUUCAUAUUCCAGCUGGAGAGAGAGGAGCGUCACUGCCUUCAAUUCGUUGCAGCGCAGGUCAACAGGAGCCAGGAAGGUUGUCGUCCAUUCUGGGAUGCAGUCGUCUGCUGGCCUCACGCAGUCAUUGGAGACACGGUCCACAGAGGUUGUCCUGCUGUCUUCUCCCUCUUCGGAAACAACACAGGUUCAGUGAGUCGUAACUGCACCAGUCGAGGUUGGUCCGGGCCCUUCCCACCAUACCACGUCGCCUGCAGCGUAGAUGAUGACUUGCCUGAGACUGAGGAGUCAUACUUUGCCACUGUGAAGCUGAUCUACACCGUCGGCUACAGCGUUUCCCUCGUGGUGCUGACUGUGGCCGUGUUGAUCCUGUUGCUCUUCAGGAGGCUUCGCUGUGCCAGGAACCUCAUUCACAUCCAGCUUUUUAUUACCUUUAUCCUUAAAUCUGCGGGGGUGUUCAUAAAGGAUGCUACACUAUUCUCAAGUGAUGACAUCAACCACUGCACUCUUUCCACAUUCGCCUGUAAGGCCUCUGUGGUCUUCUGUCACUACUGUGUAAUGGCAAAUUUUUUCUGGCUCCUGGUGGAGGCGCUCUACCUAAACUCCCUGCUGCUCUCCUCCUUCUAUCAAAGCCGGCGCUGCCUGUGGGGCUUCGGCCUGCUGGGAUGGGGCGUACCUCUGCUCUUCAACCUCCUGUGGAUUGGAUCCAGGCUGUAUUUCGAGGACACAGAAUGUUGGGACAUCAAUGAGGAGUCGCCCUAUUGGUGGAUCAUCAAGGGACCAAUUGUUGUGUCUAUAGCGGUCAAUUUUAUGCUCUUCAUGAACAUCAUCCGAAUCCUGAUACAGAAGCUGAAUCCUCGGCUGAUCCAGUUCAACAACUCCACUCAGUACAGACGCCUGACUAAGUCCACCCUCCUCCUCAUCCCUUUGUUCGGGACUCACUACAUGUUCUUCAAUUUUCUGCCUGACUACUUCAGUAUUAACCUGCGGCUCUGUAUCGAGCUCUGCAUGGGAUCCUUCCAGGGGCUGCUUGUAGCGAUUCUCUAUUGCUUUCUCAACAAAGAGGUCCAGAAAGAGGUGCACAUGCAGUGGCUGAGGUGGCGGAGGAGCUACGGGGUGGUGUCGCCUGCUGCAAAGGGCAGCCAGAUGGACACGCCCUUCUAGAAGACUUCACCCUCCGCCUGUCGGAUCUUACUGUACCAUCACAGAAGAUUGCUUCUGUACAUAUGGUCUCACAUCUCUCACUGGAUCUACAGUUCUCACAACACCAGGGGUAGUCAGCCAUGCACCAUUGAAUCCUGGGAGUCUGUAAGUUUUCAUUCCAAACUCCGACAGACUGUUUCACUGGCUGCACUCCCUCUGCCAGGACAAGAAUUUUGAGGUGAACCUCCCGAUGGAGAAUGAUGCUGAGAUCCUUAGGUCAUAGAAACAAGAAAUCUCUCACAAUGUGAUACAAUAAACAAUCAUGUACCGAAAAAUAUGAAUAAUAAAUAAAUCAACACACUAAACAAGUUAAAUAAGAGAGGUAAAUGUUUUUUAAGAAGUACUUGAUGUGAAAAUGCUGCUCAUCCACCUGCAUUUCAUUUCUUUCUGGGUAGUUGAUUAGGUUUAAUGGUCCAGUGCCUCUCGAGACUAGAAGAGAAAAUCUAUUCAAACCUAAAUGCACAAGGUGUAAAAACACUUUUUGAAAGGCAAAAGUUGAAUCGAAUGUCGUCCAUUAGGCAACAGCUGAAAUUAUCCUGCUCAGACAAUAUUCAUGAGGUGGGAAGACACUAAUUAUUGCACAUUCAACAUUAUAAGAAAGCUCCUGCCGUGCAUUUCCCAAACGGCACGGCGGCGACAAAUUUAGAAAUAUCAUCAGAUUUCCUCGGAGGCCUCAGGUCAAAUGAAAGAAUGAGCAUUUCGCUGAGCUGGAACAACUAGAAGUGAAAUGACUGAUUGGAAAUGUUUGUUUUUUUUCACUGGAUUUGGACACAAUGACACACUAUCUUGUCUCAUUUGCAUAUCAAUGCCACUAUGUUGAUGCUCAAAUAAUCAACAGUACAAUUCAUUUCCAUUAUCACAGAUGCUUGAGGUUGUCUGAACAUAUCUUUCCUUCUGGGGAUUUCAAGAUACCUCUUGUUUACAAAUGCAUAUGUCUCCACCCAGUAUUACAUUUACAAAACAUGGGAAGAAAGAGAAGACAAACUAAAAGGAAGAAAUAAAAAAAUCAGAAGCCAUUCUAAUGAACUUACGCUUACAGAACUAUUACAUAUGUAUGAAUUGUCUCGAUAAAGAGCUUUUUUUCCCCUCUUCUCCCAGAGCUUCUCCAGAUAACUGGUUAAUUUAUAAGUUUCAUACGUAAACAGCCAACUCAAUCUUUGCACCUCAUCCACUCUCACUAAAUCAAUAAUCAAACAAUCUUUUUUUAUCUUACAGAACGGAGCGUUACGCACUUCAUAAUGAACAUGAAUGUGACAUCUGAGUAGACCGCUUCUUAUUAGGCUGUAACUAAGUGAUACAAGUGACUCAAAUUAAUUAAAAUAUGGAUUUCUAUGAAAACUUGUUCAGCACAUACAGAAAUGAACUGAAAGUAUGUUUACACUUUACAGUGAUAUUUGCUCUAUGAUUUUAUUUAUUUAUUUAUUUAUUCAUUCAUUCACAGUGAGGCUCAAGGUGAUGCUGAAAGGCCUCUAUUGACAGUGGUGUUGUGUGCAGCCCUAAUAAUAAAUACAUGUGUUUGUUUGUUUGUUUGGAAUGAAAACCUGCUUUCUGUUGAGCUUCGAUGAUACACUGUUGAAACCACGUCACUGUCUACACUUAAAAGGUUAAAUCCGAUGCAGCGUGUUGUGUUCUGUUAUGUCAUGUGGUCAACUCCAGUCAUUUAAAAUAUCAUAUGAAAUCUAAGCAUCCCCACUGGCCUCUCACAUUCAGCACAGGACUGAAAAGAAUAUAUUUAACGUACAUUAAAAAGUAUAACUGCAGGACCUUUUAACCUCCUUCAGUCAGUUUGUCUGAGUUUGUGCAGGUUUGUCACUGAAAUAAAGAGUUUAAAUACGUCCUGCACCAGUAAAAGUCACACAGUUACACAAACAAACCAACCAAUGGAGGUAGCAGCGGGUCACGUGUGCUGCAGGUAAAAUUACAGUUUUUGUCUGGAGCUUUGAACACAGGGACAUAAUGACUGUUUCUAGCUAAAGAUCUAAGCUCAGUCUCUUCAGGAAUUCUAUCUCAUGUUGUCAGACACUUUUGAGCUCGGAAGGGGCAAAAACAAGCACUUUAGUGGACGUGCUUCGACGUUGACGAAAACGGUUUUUCAAAUGCAAAGUUCUUUGUCCAAAAAACACGGGAAUAUAAGGCCCGGGUUCAGAAAUCCUGUAGUGAAACGUAAAUACAAGAAUACACCUUAUAGCAUGUUGUACAGUGCUUUGAACUGCAUGGUAAUACAAAUAAUGAUAUGUUAAACCUUAUGGUAGAUCUCCUUUUGUGAGAUAAUCUGAUUAGCAUUUGUAUAUUUUGUAUGUGUUCUAACUUCAUCAAGAAUAAAGUUUAUACACAUUUCUGUACCAUCCACAGUCAUCUUGUUAAAUGACGUCUCUUUUAUGUAGAUGAAGCAUUUGCCUUAAACUGAAUGUUUAACCUAGUUGCUGCCAGACUGUUGUUUUACGGUCACCUUUUCUCUCUUGGGAAGUUUGGAUGUUGCUGCUUUUCUUGUGCCUCUUCCUGUGAUGUUUUAAUGCCGUGUUGGAAAAAUAACCCGUUUCCCACUAUGGCUCUCGACAGCUGCAGCGUCACCUGAAUGUUGACCCAGCGGUGAAA